AUGCACAGUAUUUCAGUUCUAGUCACAAUUGCCGCUGCUGUCAACUCAGAAAACCCCGAGAUACGGAAACAGAUCCCCGAAAAGUUCCAUCGCUCUCAGACUAUUGUCUUAUGCCCUUCUGCCAUGGUCCCGAACUGGGGCGACGAAUUCGCCAUGUGGACUCCUCGUGAUGUCUUGAGCUUUUUAGGCCCAAUCAGACUGGUCGUAGCACGCAACACGUACAAAGGGGUUGAUGAGCGAAUGGUCAAUAUCAGCGCUUGGAUGAAAGACGGUGGUGUUCUCGUAAUGAGUUACGAGAUGUUCCGCCAGUUUGUCAUGAACACGUCAACCAGAACAGGAUCAGCAAGGGAAUGGUUGUCGGAUGAAGAGCAUAGAAUGCUGAGAGAAGCUUUGUUGGACGGGCCGAACAUCGUCGUUGCCGACGAGGCACACAAGAUCAAAAACGAGAAAAGUGCUAUUUCUCAGGCCGCAGCGGGGUUCAAGACCAUGAGUCGCAUCGCCUUGACUGGGUCACCUCUGGCAAACAACCUUUUAGAGUACUUCCAAAUGGUCGACUGGGUUGCCCCAGGCUACCUGGAGAGUCUCUCGAAAUUCAAGGAAAAGUUUCUGGAGCCUAUUCAAUCUGGGUCUUACCUCGACAGCAGUCCCCAGCAGCAGAGAGAGAGCCUUUGUGCAUUGAAAAUUCUCGAUGGAAUCCUGCAGCCGAAAGUUCUUCGAGCGGACACUUCAGUGAUUGAAGGGGAUCUGCCUCCCAAAACCGAAUAUCUCAUUCAAGUGCCUCUCACAAAAAUACAAGAGGAGGCCUACAACCUGUUCGUGUCUCAAGUCCAGCGCGGCGAGAGUCAUAUCAAUAGGGCUUUGUAUUCUUGGCUAGCCCUCCUGCAGCUUUGCUGCAAUCAUCCUUAUCCGUUCCGAGAAAAGCUCAACAACCGCAUCCAAGCAGCCGAAGAUGCUGAAUCCCAUUUACCUCAUGCAAUGGAGGAUGCUCAGCUUCCAACCACCUUGGUUUCAGAUCUCGAUGUGUUGUUUGACAAGAUCGACCGACUUUCAGCAAAAGAUCAUUCCCAUCGUGUCCGGGUACUCAUCAAGAUCAUCAAGAAGUCAAAAGAGGCUGGGGAUAAAGUUCUUGUUUUCACUCAAAGCAUUCCGACCAUGAACUACAUUGAACAGGUGCUGAAAGAAUAUAAAUGUGGAUUUCAGCGUAUCGAUGGAGCAGUGCCAGGGAUCAACCGCCAAGCCGCCACGAAAAGCUUCAACACCGACCCAAAACAGCAUGUGCUCUUGAUCUCCACCAAAGCUGGUGGCCUAGGUCUCAAUAUGUUUGGAGCCAAUCGCGUGGUUAUCUUUGACUUUCAAUUCAAUCCCGUUCAUGAAGAACAAGCCGUUGGGCGAGCAUACCGACUGGGCCAGACGAAACCUGUUUUUGUCUACCGAUUCAUCUCGGCCGGAACCUAUGAGGAUAGUCUGUUCAAUAAGGCACAGUACAAGAGGCAGCUUGCAGUCCGCGUGGUUGAUAAAAAGACCCCCGCGCCUGAGGCCCGGAAGGAAAACAGGACGCUCCUUCACCCAGUGAAAAAUGUUGUACGAGGUAACUUUAAUGGGAUUCAAGGCACGGACCCGCUUGUACUUGACAUGAUCCUAGACAAGCUGAUUCGGAAUGGCAGCAUUGUGAAUGUUUCUUUCUCGCACAUCCGGGAUGACGAAAAGGGGAAUCUCACAGAAGCUGAGAAGCGCCACGUCGCCAAUCAACUCAUGCUAGAGCGCCUCAAACGGGACGAUCCUCAAAAAUACGCCGCUGAGAUGAAAAAGCGAGAAGAUGCCCUCAAACAAAUGUCCCAGCAACAAAUGGCGCUGCUGCAGGGGACAUCUGCAGUGGUCUCUCAACACCUCUCCGGAGGACCGGCCCUUCCACCAGCGUUGCAAGAAUUGGGGAUGUUCCGAGGGACGUCCGCAUUGGUAUCCCAACCUCACGCUGGAGGUCCGCCCCUUCCAUUGACGCUUGCUCAAAAUCCGCCUCACUCCAGCAGCCCGUCCCGUCCACCAGCGUUAGCUCGAUAUAUGCCAAGCUCGAUCCCUCUCGCUGCUAGCUCUUCGGCAACGGGUGGCGUAGUAGGGUACACUCCGAGUUCAUUUUUCCUGCAGCAGACUCACGCCUCGGUGGAUCUAGAGCAUCAGUCAGGUCGGCAACCCGGCCCCCUUCCGCCUGUGCAUACUGCGGGUGAUUCGGCAAGGGCUCCAAAUUCACCCAUUCCAGUCAUUGAUUUGACUUCUUCUGGUAUGUUACCCCUCACAAUUUCAGUAACCCCACACUCAGUGAUGCUUACCGGCCAUAUCAGUGUUCAACUCCCCGACAUCUUUGACGAUCCCGCCGCCUGCAAUUGGUGA